AUGGACACCUGCUUCCCUGUGGAAAAACGCUAUAAGAUUAGCAAGCAGGGGGAAAACUUUGAUAGUGACCUCUACAUGCAGAACCUGACCCGUCCGACAGUUUUACCAACACCACGGAGGCUCUCUGUAAUCCCCGUGGGUGAAGACAUAUCAGGGGGAUACGCCCAUCAAGCGGUGCGGAGUAAGACGGUAAAGGUCCAUGUAUACAACAUAAGCCAACCUGUGACUGACGGGAAAGGAAUCCAAUGCGUCCAGAUGAGGAUAGGCAUAUCAUAUGUAUUUACUCCAAUAUGUAUAUAUCCCCCAAAGGAGGACACAAUAAUCUCUGCGUCGCUUGCUGAUGGCAACCCUUUCCAAAAGGAACUACUUGAACCAUUUAUCAAGCUGCUAAGAAAGGACCCUACAAUGCAUUUAAUUGAUAUUGGAGCAAAUCUGGGGAUUUGGACGUUAACGGCGGCAAAAUUGGGAAGAAAAGUUAUUGCUGUUGAACCUUACCCUCCAACUGUUGCAAGGCUACAUUUAAGUAUAGUGAAAGGACAUUUAGAAUCAUUUGUUACAAUAAUCACAGACCCUAUUUCAGACCACCACCACAACGCCACAUUAAAAAUGGCAGAGAAAAAUAUAGGUGGCGUAAGUUUGCAGAAACUUCGGUUCAGAACAGACACACGCGUGUCUACAAUAACGAUGGAUGAUUUAGUUCCGUACUUACCGCGUAAAAUGAAACGUGCUUUUAUCAAAAUGGACAUUGAGUCCAUGGAGUUACGAGCCCUUUCAAAAUGUGAUAAAUUACUUAGAGCUAUUGAUAUCCCUGUCAUUAUGUUUGAAUUUUUCCAAUAUAAGAACUUGCUUCAGCGUAAAGAACUUCGACAGUUUGGUUUAUGGAUGAAGGCCAUGAAUUAUAUCCCUUACAACUCACUAGGCAAGAAUCGUGAACGUCUUGGUGACGUCACAACUGACCGACGAUACAGGCAAGUCUCAGAUCUAUACCUCAUUAAAAAGGAGAGUUUACAGAAAAUUCUGAGGUGGACUGAAGGUGAAGAUAUUAGAGUUUGAUUGAUAUUAUUUUUAGUUAAAGAAAUGUCAGUUGAUUGCUUUAUUUGAGAAUUUUGAUCGUUUUACAUCAUUAUUGAUGAAUUUUACGAAACGGACUGUAAAGGAUCAUUAAGAAAAAUAUAUUGAAGCAUCGAUAGGUACAUUAUUUAUAAAAAAUAACAUUGCAAUACAUCUAGAAAGAAAACUGCCCUCAUAAAUGCUACAAAAUGUUUGUGAUUUAUCAAAGCUACAAGUGCUCCAGGGCACUUGAUAUUUCAUAAUAAUAAAUGAUGCCAUUUGGACAUUGUAAUGUAUGUUCCUCCGUGAAAUGCUACGCUUGGUUUGAUGAUAUUGGGUAAUAUAAUCUCCAAUUAUCUAAAUGUAUCAUGUUAAAUUGAGUUUUGUUUUCUGUUGCACCGUGUAGCUGUUUGUUAUACAUCCAUGGAAACGUGAUGUGUGAGAUUAGAAAUACGAGAUGAACAGAAGAGCAGCAGUUUAUAGGCUAACUCUGCAUCAUCUUGGAUGUCCAUUUGUAUGACUGUCAAAGCUUUCCCCCCAUUAAGGGCACUUUCAGAGAUUAAUAAUCUUUUAAAUAUACAUUACACCGCUGUUCGACAAGUGAUAAAGAACACUGCCCUAGUGAUGUUUAUACCAUACUGCUGAAUGUUAAUAUAUGCCAUCUAUUGAUAUGUCUAUUAUCACCCACUUUGAUCUGAUAGAAUAGAAAACAAUAAGAAUGAACAAUGGAGAUAAAUGUCAUUCAGUCAAAUUUCAUAAUUACCAUUGACUGAUGUUGAAUUUCAAAUUCAUUUGUCAAAAUCAACAAACUCGUUAACUGUUUCAGCUAUAUGAUCUUUGCUGACAAAGCAUUAACAAAACAAACAUACUACAAUUGUACGCAUUUAA